AUGUCCACACAGUGUUAUUUUCUACGGAAAAUUUUUUAAUCUCUCUCAUCACAUGAAAAUUGUUAGGUACAAAAAAAAAUUCGACUCGGGCAGUUCACAGUGGAAAUAAUUUUUUUUUUCUUUUAUACAACUUUCUGUCACGUACAAGACAACAAUUAUUUUGGUAUCGGCAGAGUUCCAAGAGCGGCUAAUGCACGCACUAUCUUUAAAUCUAUCAAGUCUCAAGUCAUCGACACAUUACUAGGUGAAUUGCUGGAAGAGUCAAAAGCAAGAACAUCGAAGAUGAGUCGGGUGGUAAAGUACGGCGCCGCAGGGGCGGGCUUGUUUGUGUUCGGAGUGAUGUUUGGCUGGAUGAUAUUUCCCAAGAUUUUAAAAUCCCAAGUGCACAAGCAAGUAAAUUUAAAAGAAGGCUCGCAAGUGCGACCUUUGUGGAGUAAAUUCCCAUUUGCUUUAGAAUUUCGAGUCUACUUAUUCAACGUAACGAAUGCAGACGAUAUAAAGAAUGGCGCGAAACCUAUUCUACACGAAGUGGGACCUUACUACUUUGAAAAGUGGCAGGAAAAAGUUGACCUACAAGACCACGAAGAAGACGACACGGUAGACUUCAGCAUCAAAAACAAAUGGAUUUUCAGACCCGAUAUGAGUGAAGGACUCACCGGGAACGAAGAGCUGAUUUACCCUCACAUUUUUAUACUGGCCAUGGCCAUGGGAGCAGUCAGAGAAAAACCUGCCAUGCUGCCGAUUGUCAAUAAAGCCAUCAACAGCAUAUUUAAAAGUCCCGACAAUGUGUUUGUCAAGGUUAGGGCAAUGGACGUAAUGUUUGACGGUUUACCAAUCGACUGUACUGUUCAAGACAUAGCUGGCUCGGCAGUUUGUGCCAUGGUCAAAGAAAAUGCCGAUGAAUUGAUGAAAGACGGCGAGAAUAAAUACAAAUUUUCUCUGUUCGGAGCGAAAAAUGAUACGGCAUCGAAGAAGCGGCUUCGAGUAUUGCGAGGAGUCAAGCAUCAAAUGGACGUCGGAGUAGUGGUGGAAUACAAUGGGAAAAAAAAUAUAUCUACGUGGGACGAUGAAUAUUGUGAUACCUUUAAUGGUACAGAUGGUACUGUUUUUCAUCCUUUCUUCGGAGAAAAAGAAGACAUUGUUACGUUUGCUCCUGAUAUCUGCCGAAGCUUAUCCUUUACACAUGAAAGGAAAAGUUCAUACAAAGGUUUCCACACUAGCCGUUACACAGGAUUUUUAGGGGAUCCCAACACAAUGCCAUGGCAAAAAUGUUACUGCCCAUCUCCUGACAAAUGUUUGGGAAAAGGAGUAAUGGAUAUAUACAAAUGUACAGGAGUUCCUCUUGUACUUUCUCAUGCACAUUUUUAUCGAGGCGAUGAAAGUUAUUUAACAAUGGUAGACGGACUCAAUCCUUCGAAAGAGAAGCAUGAUUUAUUCUUGGAAUUCGAGCCAUUCACUGGUACCCCGUUACUAGCAAUGUCACGAAUACAAAUGAACAUAAUGAUUCACAAGGUGGAAAAAAUAAAGAUAAUGAAAAAUUUUCCGGAAGCCAUGUUACCUCUUCUUUGGAUUGAAGAAAGCGUUGGAUUGCCCGACUGGCUGUUAAAACAAGUUAAGAGUGGUCUAAGAAUGGUUGCCAUUGCAGGCUACUUAAAAUGGUUGAUGAUUUUCGGAGGACUCAUUAUGUGUGGGUUCGCUGUAUUUUUUUAUUUCCAUGGUGCUCAAAAAUCAAGUAAUCGUAUACAACUCCCAAAAGUUACUUCGAACAAUAGCAGCAACUCAGGUAGUGUUGACAAAAAAAUAUCACCCUUGAGUGUACGUACAUUACAUGCAGCUCAAGUGCCAGCAGCUCUUGACUAACUAUGUACUGGAAUCAAGGGACUGCAUACUCAACUAGUCUCGAUAAAAAGUUCAAAGGCUUUUCGAGACUUCGAGUCUCUUAAAGCUUUUUAAAUUAAAAUUUUUCAAAAACUUUUCAUACCAACGAAUCUCCUGAUGAGUGAAA